AUGCAGCAUGCAGGUGACAAUGUAGCAAGGCUUACUGGUUCCUUGCAAGAGCAGCUCUGCCCUGUGGUCAUUUUGCAUCCACCCCCCGCCUCCUUUCUUUCGCUCGCUCUCUUCUCCUCCUCUCCUCUUCCGGAUCCGCCGAGCUCCUCUCGAUCCCCUCCCCUCCAGCCCUCGCCGCCACCCGCCCAUUCCAGAUCGCCGCCGCCGCCUCCCCAUCAGCUCCACCGGCGAGCCCUUCCUCACCGCAUCGCCACCCCCGCGCCCAUCCAUGGCCACCCCCGCGCCGGCGGGGAUGGGGUACUCACAGGCGAGCUUCUACAGCUCGCUGGGGUCUUCGUGCUGGCCGUGCCGGGGCUCUGGUCGCUCAUCAAGCCCCCUGCUCCGCCACGUCCUCGCCUACCCGGCCCUCCGCACCGCCGUGAUCUCCGGGCCGGCCGCGCCUCCCGACGUGCCCGCAGCCGCGGGCCCCCAGCCACCAUCGCUGUACGCGGGCCUCUGCGCGAGGUCCAUGGCCACCUUCACCCGCACGUGAGCUCGCGAGAUCCGUCACCGUUGUUGUCCAGGUCAUCAUGGCGUGGAGAUGGCGAUGACGGCAGGAGGGCGCCGACCUUGCCCUGCUCGAGAUGGAUGAGGGUUGCGCCUAGCUUCAGCCCUGCUCUGCUCGAGGAGGAGGUGCAGGAGGAGAGGUUUCGUUCCAUCGAGGGAGCUCGCUCUGCAUCUGAGUCUCGGUCAUCCUGCACAGCAAGGAGCUGGACCAAGGGAGCAAGCAGCCCUGCUGGUUCCUUGAGACAUACAGAUGUAUGAAACCUCUUAACUGUGGACGACAACUACUUCCUUUAGAAGGACCAUCAUCACCCAUCAAGUACGCCACUGAGGUUUUGUUUGAUGAUAUGCUUAGAUUAUGAUCAUAAGCAUGGUGGUUUGAUGAUGCUGAGGCCAGCUGUUAAACCAUGAUAUAGUUGCUGGAACUGAGCUUAAUAUUCAUGUGUGUAUGUGUGUGUGUGUCGAGUAAAGUUGUGGUGUGUGCUGCUCCUUUGUAACGUGAUGAAACAAAGAAUGUCCUUUACUCCUUUUUUGAAUAGAAUGUUCAUAAUA